CCAGAUCCGCAUACACCUUUGCAUCCUCUUUACCUCAACGUAGACUCACUUACUCGCCACGAUGGCCGACGUCGAGCCUAUCCAGGAGCAUGAGGACAUGGUACACGCUGUAGAGGAAGAAGCACAAGUCCAUCAGCACGAGGAGCAUGAUCCCACUACGGAGAAUGGGAACGGCGUUGCAAUCAACGAUCAUGCCGCUGAUGGGGAGAUCCAUGAAGAGGAUGGUCAUGCAGGCCUCGAUGCACCGAAGGAAGCCAAGGCGGAUGCGAAGAAGCCUACAAUCAAGGCAGCAGCUGGUGAGAAACCUGGGACUCAUCCGGUGAAGAAGGUCCUCAGCUCUGGGACUUUCGGUUCGGGUGCAAUUAAGCCAACCCCUGCACACCGGACUAGUGUAUCGGGUACGACGGCAUCGACAGCAUCGACAGCACCAAAGCGUUUGUCAACUGCUGCUGCACCUGCUGCGGCGACAGCAAAGACUGCAGCACCAAAAUCUGCGACAACGCCAACGAGCGCAACGUCUGCUACUGGUCAUGCACGACGCCCAUCAGCAGCACCAGCAGCACCGCCACCCGCAGGCGCAGCUAAACCUCGUUCUUCCGUUCUGUCUUCGUCAACAUCUUCUGUUCUUGGGAAACAUACUGCGCCGUCUAGCAAGCCUACAUCGACUGCUGCCGCGGCUGCGAAACCCGCGCCCAAGACGUCCUUGUCUAGCACCACGACAACGCGCAAGGCUCCGUCACCCACUCCGAGCGCGACCUCUGCUAUCUCUCGUCCUCGGGCCGCAGUUAGUAUCGAAGCAAAGAAGCCGACGACGACUACGCGGUCUAGCUUGACACCGUCUACUGCGCGCACUACAGCGGCUCGGCCAAGUACUAUCCAUGCCACAGCCCCAUCCAAGGAGCUGGAGGAGAAGUUCCAGCAUUCCCUUGCUGAUCUUGCAAGCAAACAGGAGCAGAUCACCGCCUUGGAAGCACAACUGGCUGAAGUAAAGGCAGAGCUGGAGACCCUGAAGGCGAGCAGUGACAAGAGCGAAGACAUCGAGCAGUUGAAAACCGAGCUCGAAGCUGCUCAUGCCGAGUCCUCCUCCACAAAGGAGCAAUUAGCUGAUCUUCAGGCCGACCUUGAGGCCGCCCAUGAGCAGCACGCCUCAGAGAAGGAGUCCGCCACUGCUUCUGCGCAGGAAGAGUGCGCCAAGCUCCAAGACGAACUUGCCAAGGUUCAGGAAGAGCUCUCUACCAUCCAGGUCGAGUCAAAUCAGCAUGCGGAGCUUUCUGCAACUCAUGCAUCCGCUCUUGCCGAGGUAAAGGCCGCGCUUGACGCUAUCGCCAAGGAGCGCGAAGGCAUCCAGAAAGCGAGCGAGGAGGCUGCAGCAGUCGCUCUCACGGAGCAUGCGGAGCUGUUGAAGCUUCAAGAUACUCUGGCGACGGUCCAGGCAGAGGAGACACGCCUGGCUCAGGAGCGUGCUGCCGCUCUGGCCGAGUCUGUCUCACGGGUGACCGCUGCCGAAGAAGCCCGUGCUGCUCUCGAGAAGCAACUGGAAGAAUCCAUCCAGAAGCUGACCGAGACUCAAGUCGAGCUCCUGGAAGCGCGGGAGACUGCCGAGGUCGAAGCAGACAAACGCGCCGCCGAGUUGGUAGAAGCCCGAGAGGCACACAAGAAGGAGGUGGAGGCGCUGAGCGCUGAGCUAAAGUUGGCGAGAGCGGAGGCGGAGAGGAACAUGACGGAGAAUGAGACAAAGUUCCAGACGCUGAUGGACGAGCAUUCCGCUGCUCUCCGAUCUGCCCAGGAUCUGGCAUCGGGGAAGCUCAAGGAGGCAGAAGACGCCUUGGCCGCGCUCAAGCUAUCCUCUUCGACAGAAAUCGAGGCCAAGAUGGCAGAGGCAGCUGAGCAGCUGAACAAGGCGCGUAUCGAGCAUGAACGGUCUGUCACCAACCUGAAGGACGAAGCGGCGCUGGCGAAGGAGACGGCACUUGCGGAGCUGAAGAAGCUCCAGGAGGAGAAGGACGCCGAAGCGCUGACGAAACAGGAGGAUCUGCAGGCGCGCAUUGAUCAGGCUGAGAAGGACAGGGAGAACUUGAGGGUGCAGCAUGAUGAGACUCUGCAGACCGAGCGCGAGGCCGCGGUAAAGCGGCUUGCCGGGGUGGAGGAGACGUUGGCAGGGGUGAGGAAGCAGCUUGAGGAUGAGGAGAAGCGGUAUGCGGGCAUGCUGGAUGAAGUCAAGCUUGAGCAUGCUGCGUCUCUACAAAAGGUGUUUGAGGAAGCGAAGAGCGCAGCGGACGCAGCUCACGGGCAAGACCUGAGCGCCAUCCGCGCUCAGCAAGCAGCGACGAUCGACCAGGUGAAACAACAGUUCGGACUGCAGGUCGAGGAGCUCAAGUCGUCCAUGUCCGAAGCGCACCAAGCGGAGCUCUCGACUCUCACCAAGGACCUGUCCGCUCUCAAGCUGGAACUCGAAGCCGCGCGGGGUGAUCUGGGUAAGACGAAGUCUUCCCGGGACGCGCUGGCUGGGGAACACGAGGCGCUCAAGGCCCGGCUGGGGGAGGUACAGGCAGAGCUAGAAGCAGCAGAAGCCGGCAAAGUGCCCGACGUGCGCGGGGAGCUGCAGGCCGCGCAGCGGGAACUCGGAUCUGUCAAGGACGACCUUCAGGCUGCGCAGGACGCGCUCAAGCAGUCUAACGAGAUGUUCAUCGUGCAGAUAGAGGAGCUCAACAGGCAGCAUGAUUCCCUCUUGCGGGAGGGGGCGGCCGCCAGGGGGGAGGAGAGCGCGAAGCUCAAAGCGGAGUGGGAGAGGGAGAAGAGUGCGUUACAGGAGCAGCUGGAGAGGUUGAAGCAGGAAGUGGAAGAUGAGCGCGAAGCAAAGGAACGCGCGCUCGCUACUAGCGCUGCAGCAGUAUCGACGCCUCCAAUGUCCCCUCGCCGAAAACAGGAGAGCCAAACGCAAGCGACCGUCGACCACAGGAAAGACCUAGCAGAGCUGCACAGCGCGCACCAGCAAAAGCUUCUCGAGCUGGAACAGGCGUACGAGAAGGAGAAAUCACUCGCGUUGGAGGAAAACGAGAGCUUGAGAAGGGAGAGAGAUGAUGCGCUUGCUGAGGCUGGGAGGGCGAAGAUGGAAAUUGGGUUUGUGGAGAGUGAGAGGGAUGAUGCGCUGGAUGAACUUGGGCGGUUGAAAGAGGAGGUUGAGGCCCUGCGUGCUCCUUGAACCGAAUUCCGAAGUGCGAAACCUUUGUCAACUGUUCUUGUCUCCCCCACUGCCUUCUCUUGCUUUCGCUGCGUAUGCGUCGGAUAUCCGCACUUUAAGAUACACGAUCGCCCCUUUUACUUGCUUGUUCUUAUGCCCAAUACCUUCAAAAGGGAUCUAAGAUAAUGCACAUUUGUUGUGUGAUUAUUCCUGUUACGUAACUCUUCCCUGGAUGACUGAAAUGUCACUGACACUCAUUCGGUGAAGUAUCACCGAACUUUUUAUCUUUCAUUCCGCAUUCUAAGUGUCAAUGAAAGGGAAUGUGCUGCAAGGAGGGAGAUGGAAAUGUGAGAACGGGUUAUUCACCCGGGAAGUAUCCCCGCUACAAUUUUAUAGCCAAUGGGUAUCCUUAUACAAUUUCAGUCAGGUUGCCCCACCACCCUUCUAGUCCUCGUCGACGUCGUUCAACCGACACACCCAACUAACGCAGAGCGAUGAAAGUCCUUAUAAUAGGUGCAGGGAUCGCAGGGCCUAUCCUCGCACUUCUCCUCAAAGCUAAAGGAUUCACUCCGGUGAUAUACGAAGCAGAGGCCUCCCUUUCCCUGGGAGGAGCUUCUGUCCAGCUUUCUCCUGUCUCGUUCAAAGUGCUCAACGGCCUCCAGCUCGCCCACCGCGCACUGGCUGUGGCGCAACAGAUAGACACCCUCCAAUUCCAGAGUCAGGUGCUUCAGCGCACCCUCUUCACCUCCUCCGUCCCCUCAGAAAUCCGGGCCGAAACCGGCUGGCCCAUGGCACACAUCAAGCGCUCUGUGUACGUCCAGCUGCUGCUCGAGGCAGCGGGGGAACGCAGGGUGCCGGUGCUGUUUGGGAAGCGGGUGGUGAGGGUGGAGCAGGGUGAGCAAAGGGUUUGGGUCGGGUUUGAGGAUGGGACGUGUGCGGAAGGGGAGCUGCUCGUGGGGUGUGAUGGACAGGAUAGUAUGGUUAGGAGACUCGUGUUUGGCCAGUCGGAAAAGGAGUAUCAGGGGAUAAUCGUUAUCGGCGGCAUCGCUCCCUGUCCCCCUCCUCCUCCUCCUCCAGCAA